AUGAGGGAAAGAUUUAGACAAGAAAAAAAUAGUAGUGCAAUGGAUAAGGAGAAGUUGGAGAGGACUCCAUCUAAAAAACAGGAAGAAGAAAAGAGUGCAAAGCAGGCAGCAAAGGACAAAGCAGUAAAGGAAAGCACCGAUGAGAAAACAGAAAAGGUAGUUGAAAAGACAGAAAAGAAGGAAACGGCAAAGCUUCAGUCUGAAACUAAACUGGAUAAAAAAGCAACUCCAGACAAAACUCAGGAGAAACAAGAUAAAGCCAAAAGAGUCCAAGCUAAUAAAAAUAUAUCAGAAGAGAAGCCACCAGCUGAUCAAGACAAAAAGAAUGCAAAGAAUUCAAGCCAACAGAAGACUGAAAAUGGAGCUAAGAACACAACAGAAGAGAAUAAGGACGACGAGGCAUCAAAAAUCUUCGAUGAACUUCUAGAGAAAGUGAAAAAUAAUGAACCAGAAUUGGUAGAGCUCAACCUGAACAAUUCAGAGUGUAUUACCAUAGACACCCUAAUGAGUUUUACAGAGGGCUUAGAGUUCAACACUGUAGUUAAAACAUUUUCAUUAGCGAACACACGUGCUGAUGACCACAUUGCUUUGGCCAUUGCUGUUUUGCUCAAAUCCAACAAGACCAUUCUUAGUAUCAAUCUGGACUCCAACCACAUUACAGGCAAAGGUAUACUGGCUAUUUUCAGAGCUUUGCAGCACAAUGAUACACUGACAGAACUACGCUUUCAUAAUCAACGUCACAUAUGUGGAGGGAAAACUGAGAUGGAGAUAGCAAAGAUUCUAAAGGAGAAUACUACUCUUUUAAAACUUGGGUAUCAUUUUGAACUAGCUGGUCCCCGCAUGACUGUCACCAAUUUGCUGAGUCGCAACAUGGACAAGCAAAGGCAGCGUAGACUGGCAGAACAAAAAGCACUAAAGGAGGCUGAGGCCAAGAAGAACUGUUUAGAAGUUCCCAAGGUAGUUCCUCCCCCAAAAGAGCCCCCAAAACCAGCAAAACCAGUUUCAAACAAAGUCAAAAAGGAUGUCCCCAAAAAGGAUGGGGUGCCUGCACCACCUCCUCCUCCUCCACCAAUGGCACCCUUGGCACCCCCUCUCGAAAACAUUAGGAACUCUUUGUCCCCUGCAUCUCGAAGAAGGAUAGAAGAAAAGACAGGACCUGCAGAGAAGAACACAAGAGACAAACUUCUGGAAUCAAUUAGGUCAAGCAAUCUUAAACAGCUAAAAAAGGUAAGAGGCAUAAUACAUACACAUUCUUUUAGAGAUAACUGCAGAUUUUUGCAAAGAAUAGGCAGAAUUAAUGUUUGUUUGACCCUAGUAUGGCCAUUGUGUACUCUAGAUGACAAUGUACCAUGA